CUCGCUGACCGCACCCUGUAGCUCCGUAGAGGACGGAAACACUGGCGGCAAGGCCUAGUCGAGUUCCCCGGGGCUAGCGUGAAGCCUCGGUCUCGCCUAGCGCCGUGGCCUGGAUUCAUUGCCUCGAACCCCACGGAGGAGACCGGCUGCACCGCCUCCUCCUUCCCGCCCGAUCAUGUUGCCACGGUUACAGAAUCAAUGAUUAUACUGCAGGAGGCGCAAUCCGAUGAGCUAUAAAGCUCUUUAAUCAUAGAUAUCCAGCGUGGGGCACGAGAUCAACGUUACUGCAAUAAACUACCCAUUAACACGAUGGGAGUGUUAACUAAAGGCAAGAUAUUGGGGUGAACCUAACAGACCCCAUGUUCAGAGGCAUCUACAGAGGCCAGCAGAAACACAAAGACGACUUUGACGAUGUCAUCCGCAGAGCGGUGGAUGCAGGCGUUGAGAAGUUCAUCAUCACGGGAGGCAGUCUGAGCGACAGUGAGGAGGCGCUGGCACUGGCUCACACCUCAGAUCGCUUCCUCUGCACCGUGGGCUGCCACCCGACUCGCUGCGCCGAGUUCGAGGCGGAGUCCGAGACCUACGGAGAGCGCCUCCUGGCGCUGGCACGGAGUGGAGCCCCCAAGGUUGCGGCGGUCGGGGAGUGUGGGCUGGACUACGACCGGCUCCAGUUUUGUGCCAAAGAGACGCAGCUCAAGUUCUUUGAGAAGCAGUUUGAGGUGGCCGAGGAAACUCGGCUCCCCAUGUUCCUGCACUGCAGGAACUCACACAGCGACUUCCUUGACAUCGUGAGGAGGAACAGGGAUCGCUUCACAGGUGGCGUGGUCCACUCGUUUGAUGGGAGCAAGGAAGAGGCAGCGGCUAUCGUGGAGCAGGGACUUUUCAUCGGCAUCAAUGGCUGUUCACUGAAGACGCGCGAGAAUCUGGACGCCAUCAAAAGCAUCCCGGCUGAGCGCCUUCUCAUAGAGACAGAUGCGCCGUGGUGCUCCGUGCGCCCCCUCCACGCUGGGUUCCCCUUCGUCUCCACCCACUUCCCCUGCAGCAAGAAGUGGGAGGAGGGGAGGGCGCUGAAAGGGAGACACGAGCCCUGCUUCAUCGUUCAAGUGCUAGAAAUCAUCGCAGCCGUUCGCGACGAGGAUCCAUCAGAACUCGCGGCAACGAUCUACAGCAACUCCACUCAGCUGUUCCGCCUCUAGCCUCAUGAAGAACCAUCUACAGCAACUCCGCUCAACUCUUCCAUCUCCCCCUCGCCCCAUCUCCCCCUCGCCCCAUCUCCCCCUCGCCCCAUCUCCCCCUCGCCCCAUCUCCCCCUCGCCCCAUCUCCCCCUCGCCCCAUCUCCCCCUCGCCCCAUCUCCCCCUCGCCCCAUCUCCCCCUCGCCCCAUCUCCCCCUCGCCCCAUCUCCCCCUCGCCCCAUCUCCCUCUCGCCCCAUCUCCCCCUCGUUCCAUCUCCCCCUCGCCCCAUCUCCCCCUCGCCCCAUCUCCCCCUUGCCCCAUCUCCCCCUUGUUCCAUUUCUUUCUCGCCCCAUCUCCCCCUCGUUCCAUUUCCCACUCGUUCCAUCUCCCCCUCGUUCCAUCUCCCCCUCGCUCCAUCUCCUGCUCAAUACAUAUUCCCCUCGUUCCAUCUCCGCGAUGGAAUCUGCUGUGUUUGUUCAGGAAUAAAAACCAUGCACGCUCACAGAU